CUACAUAUUUACAGCUGCGGGUUGACGAAGCAGUGAACACUGCUCAGCCAAGUUUAUAAUAUUUCUGCUGUCUAGCCUUAAAUGUUUGUUUGUGCCAGUCGUCGGAGGUUUUUAGAUACUGAAAAAAGAGAUUUUAGCACAGUUGCUCUGAUAUGAAAAAGACGCUGUUCUUCAAUACCUGAUAUACAUUUUUGCGGUUCGUUAAAAAGCAUUCCCCUAUUAGUUGUUGAUAUUUUAUUGUGGUAAUACUGCUAGAAAAGUUAUAGAACUUCUGCUUUGUACACAAUUGGCUAGCGGUUUUGCGGCGCUGUACAAAAGACAAGAUAGCGAGUAUAUGGUUGUCGGUGUAAAUGUCAGCCAUUGUGUCUGUAGUGUGAAGUCGGCGGAGGAAGAUAAACGUAUUUGUAAGCAAAUCCGAAAGGCAACGAUCCGAUAGUGGUGUGAGCGUCCUUUAAGUGCGUUGUCGUUUGUUGGAAGGUGAAGAUAAGAUUGUAAUCAAGGGGGCUGGCUUUCCGGUACCUUGCUUCAGUAACGACAAUAGAUAUUCAUCGUUUCUGCGACAGCGCGGGUCUUGCCAAAGCGUAGAAGCGAACAAGCAGUGUUAGGAAGAAGGCAGUCUGCUUACAAAGCGCCGCCGUAUUUGAACUACAGCUUAGAUCGGAAGGAAUAGGCCCCGCGUCGGUCGAUUGUGUGCACUAUGUGGCGUACUUGAGCAGUUUGUAUAGUGAAAGCUCGCCUAUCGUUUGAAGUUAAAAACACAUAACGAUCAACGCUGACACAGCGAGAUCGGAGAGCGAGAGGUUCCUAAUUAAAAGGGCCGCGUAAAGUCAUCUGACAGGCCACGGCACUUGAGACUCUCAGAAGCCCUGACGGAGUAAUCCGUGUUAGAAAACCGCGACUGAAGAGAUGUUGAAGGUUUAGCGGUAAUUGCUGGUUGGAGAGUAAGUCGAGCGAAACCUGUGCCAAGAUAUGCGAAGAACUGCACGAUUCGGUGACCAGCGCAGAUGCAGCUCCGUAAACAUGCGAAUAGCAGUCUGCAGUUUGGGUAUAUCGGGCCGCUUGGCGGGAUCGACCCGGCAGCGGAGUCGGAGGCGCGGGGAAAGGAAAGCAAUCAAAGUAGGAAGGAAAGGCUUGUUUAAACAACUCCUUGAGUGUGCGGGUGUUAGGUGCAUUUGGAUUAACAGGAAAGGCCAUGAAACCGCCUUGAAGUAACGAUAAGAGGAUGGUGUGAAUGUAAGUGAGAGUGAGGGUACUUGGAUCUAAUUAUGCGCUGAAUGUAUUCUAAUCACAACGAAACCUUCAGCUAGUUUAAAUAUACUGACCGUAGAAUUCGUAUCUGCAUAACAGAUAGAACAUUGACAAAUAAUGACAAAAAAUAAGUAUUCGAACAAAGUAGUAUAAACAGUCUGAAGUAAAUACAUUGUCAUGUUGAAAAACAUUAUCAUCAAUGUAUACGUGGUAGUUAUUUCGCGGUGAAACUACCGGAACAAAACCUUUCGUCUCGGUUGCGCGUUCACUCGAAUAAAAAUAGUAAUGACGUCACUUAAACUUACGUCAUACUUCUCUCAGCCGGAUUCGUCGAUACUGCGAAUGGUAAGGGAAGCAGACGAUAAGUAUGGGCUUCACAAAAUUGCCAUUUAAUCGACGGACAAUGUUGGUAAAUGCGAGGCUUCGUAUGCCCGCGGCCAGGGUCGGAGAUGUACGCUGUUGGCAGUCGCUACUGGAACGAAUUCGCGGCGCGUCGGUAAUCAAUGUCAUUACCAGUAACUGCAGUCGUUUAAUGUUAUGCAAACACUGGCGGCUAACUAUGUUUGCCCUUGCGCAGAAAAAAAGGCUUCUUUGGCUGCGGUUGCCAACGACUUAUUAAUAUGUUAAUCGAUGAAAAAAUGUCGCACCGAUAGCCGGGCUUUUCAACAGACAGGUAACCGCGCCGAGAGGUCGGGCUAUAAAAAGAAACCAAUACUCAGCCAAUUGUUAAGGAAUUAGGACCCACUUGGGGUGGGAGGUAUGGCAUUGUUCAGGCCAAUUGGAAAGCACGGUAUCCGUUGGCACGGUAAUUUGCAGACCAAGCUACUUUCUCUCCAGGAGACACCGGCGUAUAAGAUUUAGGAUUACUAAGAUAUUGUAACACGUUUGCCGGAAGCCAUUUGCUAGCGCAAAAUGACAUGUUGUCACCUGGCCGAAAACGAAGCUGCCACGUUGGAAUUAAGCCGGAUUACAGACAUGGGAACGCAGGAAGGCGAGUCGCUACAACAGAUUCUAGGAGUAUUGCCGGAAAUAUUAAGUCGGUGAGAAAAGCGACAGUUUCCGGCGCCCGUAUAUUGUGCGUGUGGAUGCUGCUUGCUCUGCUGGCGGAACAAGCGUACUGCGACGAGCCCGAGUUAUCUCAUCUAAGGUACGCGAGGCUACGUGCGCCAGUUACUGUAAACGCGCAUGGACCAAGCGCGACCGGUGGUGUGCAAAGGAGAUAUUACAGUUCGUGGAGAACGACACAAAAUGCGGCGCAACAAGACGCUCCACCGGUCCAGAUACUGCCAAGGCCAACCACGCGUUCAAAUCGAUACGCCGCGUACAGGAAGUUCCAAAGCGGGCGCUCUGUAGCUGGCAGAUCGUCAAGAAGGACAUCCCUAAUGUCGGCCGUGAAUAGACUCCAAGACCAGAUUCCAGCCCUACAGACCUCAAUCGGCCACCAAAAGAAACGAAAUCGACGCAUUUUGCAACAUAUAACGAAGACAAAGACAGCAGUGCGAAAGCUACAAGGGACCUGCAACGAACUGGGAAAAAAUAUUACCACCACGAGCGUCCGUUUGCAGCGGUUUAUCGGAGAGUUUCACAAUCACCAGGCUGCUGCGAGAGAACGUAUGGAACAGAUAGAGGAUCACCAGACCACGCAAGAUCAACGACAUUUUCAAUUAUAUGAGAAAGCGAUAAAUAAUUCGGCCGAUAUAUCUCAACUACAGGCUGAGUUAGAUGAUGUAAGUCAGCGGAUUGACGAGAUAUCUGAAGACAAAGAAAGGCAGAGCGGGAAUGGCAAGAGCCAGGACGACAUCACACUAAGAGAAGAGAUAGCCGAUGUUCGGAAUGAGAUGGCCCAACAACAUAACACAUUCAACGAAUUUCGGGAACAAGUCAACACCGAAGUCGAAAGUUUAACAGCGGAAAGACAAGCUACGUCACAGAAAAUCAGCGCCAGCUCUCAACUACUGAGGCAAGGAUUUAGUGAGCAGCUUACACUGGUCACUGCGUCGGUCAACGAUAAUCGUGGAACGCUGGAAAUACACGCUGAAAAGCUUCGGGAAUUAAAGGAAAAGGAGGCAAGGUUAAGAGCAGACCUCGACUCUGCGACAGAAGAAAGGAGAAGAUUGGAAGAAAGGAUCGGGGAAAAUGAAGCAGCGACGCGGGGACUCCAGCAGCGAAAUGCGGCCAACUUGUCGAGGAAGGUCGAAGAACAGACACGUUCCCUGGUGUCCAGGCAUGUGGGAACUUUGACCGCAGCUAUCAAUGGACUUAAUACGAGCGUACGGUACAACCAGUACCAUCAGGAGUCAUGCGCUACGAGGAUAGAAGCCGUGGAAGAGGACCUGCUAGCGUUGACGGAACGCCUGGAUACCUACGUUACUGGGACAUUGGCACCCAGGAUAAAGCAUCGUGGUGCAACCAUUCAAAGAAAUAUUCAGAUUCGUUAUAACGUGAGCUCGACCCAUGGACCACACCAUUUGCCGAAUGAAUUACGGCAGCUGUUGAUGGGACGACCUAGCCUUCGUACACAAGUUGAAAUACAAAGGACGGGGCCGACAGCAUUGGUUGUACAAACUGGUAUGGAGGAACGACUGGAGCGUCUAUCCAGGACGAUGCGUCAUUACAACAAAAAGCUCAUGAACGUGACGUCACUGGUGCAGACAAUGACUGGUGACGUCAGAACGUUGGCAAUGAGAACUGCGCACUACUUUAACGUGAUAAAUGUGCAAGGAAGCGUGAUAAGAAAGCAAAACGAAACUCUGGCGUGGCUCGUCGCCAAGCAACGCAUGCAAGAAAUUGAUAUCCGAGGCAUGACGGGUGAUCUAGCGUCCGAGCAAGAUACAGUUAUGAAGUUAAUAACGAUAGUCACGAAUCUGGCAGGCCAACUACGGCGCCCCAUACCACAGAGUAGAGACUGCCACGAUCUUUGGAUGUCUGGCCACCGGAAGAGCGGAGUCUACACGAUCGUACGGGACAUGACGACGAAACCUAUAUACUGCAAUAUGACCGAAACAGCUGGCUGGACCGUUUUACAGCGAAGAGGAGACGGCACUCAAGACUUUGACCGAGAGUGGCCACAAUACAAGGAAGGUUUUGGAAGCAUAUAUGGGGAGCAUUGGUUGGGACUUGAUAUAAUAAGGUGGAUGACACACGGUCGUUCAUACACGCUUAUGAUACAGACGGAGGAUUGGAUGGGAAACGUCAAGUAUGCCAUGUACGACCAGUUCGCCGUAUUCGGACAAAACUAUGUGUUAUCGAUCGCAGGUUACAGCGGAGGGGCGGGAGAUUCAAUGACGAAAUGCAACGACCGACCGUUUCAAGUGCGAGAAGACAGCCGUGAAAUGACGAUAACGACUGAGUCGGCGUGUACGAAUACUAGGAGGGGAGGUUGGUGGUUUCCCGAAGACUGCGGACAAGCAAACCCGAACGGUCCGUACCGGAUCAAACCAGAUAUAUCGGAAGGGGGAGCAGAGGAAGGGAAUGGGAUAAACGAUCCUACGCUCAUGUUCUUCUGGAUGUCGUGGCAAAAAGAAGCGAAUCCGAUCAAAUCGAUUUCGAUGCAAAUGGUGCCGAGGGAGGCGCUGGUAGAAAAUGUUUUCUCCACGCUCCCGGAGAGCGAGAAUCGAUUAGAGGAAGAAGAGGAAGAAGAAGAAGAAAGAGUAGCUGGAGGGUGGUCGGAAGGAGGCACGACACUAAAUAGCAUCGACGGUAGUGACGUCGACCAAUAUCCCGAGUAUGAGGCGCAAGCGGGGCACGAGACGCACCGAGUCACAGUGCAGUCCGUAAAUCCAUGAGCCGAGACGCGGGGAAACUGGUUUCCUUCGCCGAUCGCCCGGAAAGCGUUGCUGGUCAAGGUGAAGCAUGGUGACUGCCUCAGCCCUACGUUAAUCACCGACGUUGCGUUCAAAACGACCAUGUCGACUUAAAAUACUGCCAUACGAUGACCAUGUUGCGUCAUUCCUCAAAGCCAUGCGUCGUACACACGACAGAACAAGCCAAGCCUAAUUUAAUUAGUGCAAGGUGCUCAGUUAAACUCGCCACACCUCAGCUUCGGCGUUUGUAAAGGACACUCACGCGGCCAAGUUGUAAUAUUAAUUCACACUUUUUAUUUUAUUUGCCUUUUCCUACCUUGUCUGUGCGCGCGCGAACUCCACGUAUUCUACGCAAUUUAUAUUUCAGAACGUAUUUCGACGACGAAAUAUAAUAUAAAAAAACAUCUG